AAUAAUAGAAGCUGAAUGGAAUAAACAAUUUCCAUCUGCUGUAGAAGUUCCACAGAUUAAUUUUUUAUAUUCCUUGGGUAACAAAAAGCAAGAACCACCAUCAAUUUUAAUAUUAGAAGUUGAUGCAGCAGUUGAAAGAACAGUUUGUACCGCAUUUUGGGAUGAACGUGUAAGGGAUUCGACUGCUUGUAAUACACUUCAUCCCAAUGAAUUGAAUACUCCAACGUGUUCGUGUUCGCAAGAUUACCUUGAAGCUUAUGUUUGUUUUUUCCUCUGCGAGCUUUACGCUACUGUUCCUUAUUAUGAUAUCAAGCCUCAAGUUGUUGCAGCAGUUGAAAGACUAGUUUGUAGUACAUAUUGGGAUAACCGCAAAAGAGAUGCGACUGCUUGUGAUACACUUCAUCCUGAUGCUUUGAAUACUCCAACGUGUUCGUGUUCGCAAGAUUACAUUGAAUCUUAUACUUGCUAUUACCUCUGCAUGCUUUACGCUACUUCUCCUUUUUAUGAUACCAAGCCUCAAGCUUAUGUAGAUGAUUGCGUCAAAUUGAAUUACAACGAAUUGACUGUUCCUUCCAAACCAAAUUGUCCAGACUUUCUUAAAAUUCCACCGUCAGCUACUGUUAACUCAACUACAAAAGGUCCUAAUCCCUCAUCCUCCAUGCCUCCUGGUAAGACGGACCCACCCGGCAAUUCUCCCACCCAAUACAACUCUCCUACAAAUAACAACUGCAAUAAUGUAACUGUUAUUGGCACGGCAAAUAUUAAUUGUAAUAAUAACAAUAAUUCUCCCACAACCAUCAUCAUUACUAGAUUAAAUUUCCUUUGUGGUUUAUUUUUGGUUGCUACAUUCAUUCUAUGA